CUUGGGGUUAGGAGAGAGAAAAGUGUGGGGGAUUCCUUUGAUUGGUUGGACUUUGCAAGGAGUAUUUAGCAGUGAGUGACACCCACAACACAACCCAGAAAAAGUCUUUUUUAUUCUUUCUCACCUUUCUUUUUUCUCUCUCAUAACAUUUCUCUAUUUGUAAUCGUGAUUGUCUCUCUUUUUCUCUCUCUCUCUCUCUGGCUGCGCCACCACCAGAAACCCCACAAAGCCUCGUUUUCUUCCCUUCCAUAAUCCAUACGAUACGAUACAGGUGUAUGCAUACCCAUUUGAGCUUGGUUUUCUAGAGAUUCUAUAUUUGGCAGCAUUCCAUGGUAGCCUUACUGUUUGGUUGUUCAGAAAAAAAGAAAAGGGCGCAGAAUCCACUAUUAGGCAGUAGAGUUGUACAUUGCUAGAUUGGUAUUCAAUUUACCAAACUUAAAAGUAUCAUGCUGUGGAGUAGUUGCAGUUUUCAAUCACCCAGUUUUAAUGACCAAUGGACUUGCUGAUCUCUCUAGGCUGCCAAGAUUCCAUGAUGCAGCAGAAUCACAUGCUUCCAAGUAACUAUUAAAGCUGUUCACCACUUGUCAUUCUUCUUGGUAUGCCUGUAGCUUGGUAGCUGACAGCAGUAGGUGGAUUGAAAUGUCUGGAGAGCUUAUUCCAACGAUCUCUUGAUAGCACAUAAUUACUUCUGUGACGUUGAUGAUCGCAAAAUCCUGUUGUCAAGGCAUCACAUCAGGGUACCUAUGGACCAGCAUGAUCUAAAACCAAGUGCAUUGAUGAAUGAUGUCAGGCACCUCUGUUCUCCCAAAGAACACAAUUGUUUUGGGGAGGCAAACAGCUUAUCUGAUUGCUGUGGAACAUGUAUUAAUGGAAAUGCUGGUGUACAAAAACAAGACCAUGAAAUCAGUGGUGGCAAAGCUGAUAAACUGCCAGAAAUGGAAAGGAAUUAUUCAAUCUCUUCCACUUCUUGUUCCAGAGAAAAUGCAGAUGAUUUGAGCGCACCAUCUUCUGUUAUUUCCACAAUGAAAGAUUCAGUACUUGAGAAAGAAAAUCAUGCUGAAGGAACUUCUGCAGUAAUAUCCAAUGGUAACAGACUUGAAGUCAAGGGGAAUCUGAAGCAGGGUGAAGUAUCAGCACUUUCCCCUGAAGGAAAUGCUUCUACAAAGAACAUCUCCAUGAAGAGCGAUAUUAGCUCAGACAGUGGACAACCCCUUGGCAAGGACAAUAAUGAGUCAGUGGAUGGGAGAAUGAGUGGGUAUUGGUCAAAUGCUGGUGAAAGUGGAUUGAAGUCUGUGAUGCAGGCAUCUUUCCAUGAUAAACCAUAUAAAACUGAGUCUUCAUCUUCUAACUCAACACACAUCAGUAUUCCAGCUUCUUCAAAUGACAGCUUUCAAGUAACUUCUGUCGAUGUUAAGUCAUGUACACAUAGUAAAACCAGUGCCAUGGACACUUCCACUUGUUCUGACUUCAAAAAUAAUCUCAAAGAGCCUGCACUCCGAAUUUUAGCUGUGGGUAUGGCAGCUCAAGCUUCCAAAGAUGUUCUGGAUGCUACAAUCUUCCAAUCUGGAAAACAGCAAAAUGCAAUUAAGGCUUCAGAACUUGUUCAUGUCAGAGCAAGUGAUGGUAAUAAGGUGCUGGGGGUGAUUUCAGACCAUAAUUCUUGUACUGUGGAUGAUAUUGAUCUUCCAACUCCUGACAUGCUUAAGAGGAAAGUUAUUGAAAUUUCUAUUCAAGAUAAAGCACAGCCUUGUUAUGAUCUGGAUGAUGCACUGGAGGUGGCUCAGAGAGUUGCAAGAGAAGUGGAGAGGGAAGUUGGUACAUAUAGGGAGCUCUCAGAGAGUUCCUCUUCUGUACAAGAGAAAAAUGGUGAGGCAGUUCAUAUGAGCUCUGUUGAUUCUGCAGAUUCAAAUAAAAAAGACUGCUUAACAGAAACUGGAAGCAAAAUCCAGUUUUGCAAUGAUCAAGGUAACUGUGAUAGUCGUUAUACCAUUAAAGAGGUGGGGGAUCCAGAAAUGUCGACAAGAAAUGAAGGGUUGUGUUUAGAAGUCAAACAGCCAUCACGUGUCAUGGGUCCCAGGAUGAUAUAUGGAUCUGACGCUGGUCAUCAUGGUCAUGAAUCAUCUGAUAUGACUACAAAACCUGAAAAUGUAACUGCCAGUGACCAGACUACUCUAUUUGGAAUUGAUCUUAAUGAAAAUAUCUUGACCAAUGAAGCUGAAUACCCUGAACUCUCAGUCAAAGAAACUAUUUUGCACCAUUCAAAUAAUGUGAUGAGGCCAGUUCCUGUUUUGGCUAAACCUGGAAUUUCUAUAUCCUUACCUAUGCCUCAAUCACACUGUCUAGGAGGUUGGAGGGGAUCUGCUCCUAGUGCUUUCCGAACAAUUUCUCUUUCCAGGAAUUUCAAUAGGAAUAAAUCACCAUUGGCCAAUGAUAAUAAUGACAGCUCUAUACAGUUACAGGUUAAAGGCAUUGACCUCAAUGUUGCUGCUGUAGGGGCUGAUUUGGACAUGGAAUUGCUUACAGAAAAAUGUGUCCAAGCCCAGUCAAGUUUAGCUUCUGAAGAGUCUUCUGUGGAAGUCAGUUCUACACGAGCAAGAACAUUCCAUUUCGAUCUCAAUUGUGCAAGUGAAAAUGAUGACAGCAGUUGUCGAUUGUCUCCACCAGCUUCAUUAUCAGGACACUCUGUUAGGGAUUUUGAUUUAAAUGACAACCUGACAUCUGCUGAUGCAUGCAUCGAUGCUCGACAUCCAGGUCAAGGCACACAAGAAUUAAGAAACAGUGCAUCAUAUGAUGAUCCUGCAGUUUCAUUAAUGGGCAUUGCAAGACAACCGUACUCUAGAAGUGUUGGCACUGGGUAUCCAUCAGGUUUUAGUUCUUUGCAUGACUUUACUCAUGUUCAUGCCAAACCCCUUCAGGUAUCUGUUUCCAAUAUGCUUCCCUCAAAUGAAGAAAUGCAGAGGGUAUAUCCAUUGCAACACAAGCCAACUUAUGCACAGCCACCCCCAGCACCACCUCAUGCUUUCCUCUAUAACAAUGGAUUCUGCUUUGACCCCAACAAUGGCCUAUCCUCAACUUUGUACCCUCCCAAUUUCUUCCCAUACGUAACAGACCCACGUGGAACCACUGUCAUCCCACAAAUUAUAGGUUCUGGUGCUCUUUCUGCCUUGUCAGGUGCUCCACAUAUCAUGAGUGUUCCUGGUGGACCAGGCCGUAGUGACAUUUCAACUAUGAGGCCGAGUUUUGAUCUAAAUGGCAUAGCUAAUUCUUCAGAGAAUGGAAGCAGAGGAGAAAGCGCCAGACAAAUGUUUAUCCCUGUAAGUAAUUCAGUACGUGAAGAGCCAGUCAAGUCUUUCCAACAAGUUCAUUUAUCUGCCACAUCCAUGAAGAGGCGGGAACCAGAUGGGGGAUGGGACUCUCAUCAGCUUAGCUAUAGAUAGGUGACUUCUUGGCACUAUGUUUUGACGGCUUUGGCUUCCAUAAUCAGAUGAUUCUUAGUGCCAAAGUUUGAGCUGAAGAAGACAUUAUUGGCUGCUGUAGCUCAAUUGUUUAACCUGACUGCCGUAGCUACAUGGAGUCAGACAGGCUUCCACAAAAUAUGAUUGGAGAAUAUUAGUGUUUUUUAUUAUUAUAUAUAUAAAAAAAUUCUUUGCCCUUUCUAUUUUAUUGUCAUUUUAUCCGUUGCAACUUGGGUUGUAUAAAAGGCUUUUGUACAUGUCAAAUAUUUAUUUAACAAAUAUGCAAAUCACUUUAAUCAUAUAGUUACCAUUGACAA